AUUAUACGUAAAUAAAAACAAUCGUUUAAUGAAAUGUGGCGCGCCGAAAAAUUCUGCUUUUGUUUGAAACUACGAAUUGGCUGCACAAUAAUAGCUUUUUUUACGCUUUUCCUCUGUGCGGUACACCUGGUGGAGUUUUAUCGAUUGAAGAAUCCUUACAGCUCUGGUCAGGCGUUGGACUGGUUUAACCUUUUUUGGGGAGUUUUCCAUAUGCUGGCAUCUCUGUGUUUAUCUUACUCUGUGCUAUUGGGGUCUCCUCUACCACUUUGGAGUUACAUAAUAAUCGAGGCAGUUUAUCUGAUCUACAUAAUUAUUUAUUCGUCAAUAACUUGUGCACUGAAAAUAAAUAUGUACGUGAGCUACGGAUUAACGUGCUCAAUUCUUUACUGGAUGGUUAUAAUCUUUACUUUUGCUAUAACGACAUACUUCCUUUGGAUUGUCAUAUCGUGUUAUUUCCUUAUAAAGCAACAACGGCAAAAGUAGAAAAGUGAAAUUUCUGUUUUUAAUUUAACUAGGAUAGCUAAGAUAUAUAAAAGUUGA